AUUCUGAUUCUGGACCUAAAGAUGUUGUGGUCUUUGUGAGACGUUGCCCUCACUGUCGACUUCCUAUGGAGAAGAACGGAGGAUGUCCUCAUAUGAUUUGUCGCUGUGGGAAAGACUUCUGCUGGCAAUGUCUGGCCACAAAAUGCAUCUGUAAUAAAGGCAAUACCGCUGCCACAAAGGAAGCAAUUAUUCUGAGGUACAUUGUGCCACCCGUUCAGUUUGUCAACAACCUCAGCAAGGAAAGGCUAUAUAGGUCUUCAGUGGAACACAGGCGAGCAGCCCGGGAAUAUCAUGGGUCAGGCAUUGCUAAGAAAAUCAAGACUAUGCUGUACAGAAGAAAGCUUGGGAAAUUAGACUUUCCCGUAAUUGCAGAGCAACUCCAGAAGCGUAUGGAAAAACUUGAGCAGAUGAAGAAAUUUUUAGAGUCAGCAGCUGAUUUCAAUGCAGAGCUUCACCACUUGGCAGAGCACACUGCCCUCUAUCUACAGGAUGAACAAGUAGCGACAGCAGUUAAGCCGAUCUUUAAGCGCAUUGAUUUCAUCUCCUGGAGCAUAAAUGAGAUUUUCAACGAUGAAAGGUUCUCAAACAUGGACAUCAUCAUGACAAAACUGAGCAAGUUGAUGGCCAUUGGAAAGACCUGUGUACAAUCCUUGGCUUCUGUGCUAAGACAAAGUGGGAAACAGGUGUAAAGUGUUGAAAGGAAAAGAGUUUUUCUGUGAAGAUGGACAACUAUUUUACUGUCUUCCAUAAUGAUGGGUGUAGGUUAUUGUGUAGCUUUUGACUAUCAUACAGACAAUUCCAGACUGUAUUAUUUGGGGACAAAAAUCAAGAGACCCCUUGAACCAUCAAGUGAAACCUUAUCGUUCAUAUUUGUUUGACCAAUUUCAAGUAGAUCAAUCAUGUAAAGCGAAAAUAUUGUAUCAUGAAAACCCAAUGUAAUUGCAAUAUAUCACAGAUACAAAUGCAGCUUUUUGUUUGACAAAAUGCAAAGGUGGUGAACUAAAACUAAAAUUCAGGUUUACCUUUUAUUGUUACUUGUAUGUAUAUAAUUGAUUUUUAAGAUCCCUUCUAAUAUUUUUGUGUAUAUAGAAUUGAAAUCAAUAUUUAAUUAGAUAAUUAAAGAAUGUGUGAACAUGAAAACAAAAUAGUUGUUGUAAUGUUUACAAAAUUACUAUCUUUGAAUGUACUUAUUUUACAUUUUUGAUGUAAUAAAUUUAUUUACAUGUA